AUGUCAAUAAUUGAGACAACUUACGGUCACAUCAAAGGAAUCCAAAAGAUUUCGUGCUACGAUAAUUCUUACCUUGCCUUCUAUGGAGUCCCGUACGCUAAACAACCAGUUGGUGAAUAUCGCUUCAAAGAUCCUCGUCCUCUUGAAGCUUGGGAAGGCGUCUUGGAUGCCACAAAAGUUGGAGAUGCUUGUUGGAACUUUGAUCGUUUGAACCCCAACCCGAACGAAAAGAAAAUUAUUGGCAGCGAUAAUUGCUUACACUUGAACAUCUACGUGCCUCAUGGAACGAUCGAAGAUGAAACCAAAAAGAAACCUGUGAUGGUUUACAUUCACGGAGGACGUUUCGCUACAAUGUCAGCAAAUCCAUUCUACUAUGGACCUGAUUUCUUGAUGGAACAAGAUGUGAUUCUCGUAACGAUCAACUAUCGUCUCGGAGCUUUCGGAUUUCUGUCAUUGGAUGACCCAAGUUUAAAGAUUCCCGGAAAUGCUGGGAUCAAGGAUCAACUGAUGGCUUUGAAAUGGGUUCAAAGUGAAAUUGGAAACUUUGGAGGAGAUUCACAAAACGUAACUUUGUUUGGAGAAAGUGCUGGCGCAUGUUCAGUUCAUUUGCAUCUUUUGUAUGAACCUGCUCGAGGAUUGUUUCAACGAGCAAUCAUUAUGUCAGGAUCAGCUUUUGGUCCAUGGUCUGUUAGAUCGAACGAUAAUCAAAUGGCUUAUCGACUUGCAAAAGCCUUGGGAUAUAAAGGCGAUGCAAAUGAUGAUAAAGAAGUGUUUAAAGUAAUUUCUGAAGCAGAUCCCAAUAGAAUUGUUCAACUUCAAAACGAACUACUGAACGAAAAUGAAAAGCAUGUUGAACAACUCAUAACUUUUGGACCUGUUGUUGAACCUUAUUUAACGGAAAUGACUUUUAUCAAGAAACAUCCUCUACAGAGUGAAGUAUGGCAAACUGCAUGGGGAAACAGCAUUGAUGUUAUGAUCGGAGGAUGUUCAUUAGAAGGAUUACUUAUGUAUCCUUAUGUCUCUUUAGAAAAAAUAUCUGCUCUUGGCAACUUUUCUCAUGUGAUAGCUCAAAACGUUCAAUUGGAUCAUACUUCAAAAACUUGCAUUGAAAAAGGAUUGAAACUCAAAAAUUUCUAUUACGGCACAGAAACUCCUUCAAUGGAUAACGUUGACAUUUACAUCGACAUUCAAACUGAUAAGAACUUCUGGCAUGGAAUGUGGAUGGCAAUGAAAGCUCAUCGCGGUUCAAACACUUAUUUGUACAGAUUUGACGUUGCUCCGUCAGAUUACAAUCAAACAAUUCGUGUACUUUGUAACAUUCCGCAUCAACGAGGAGCUGCUCAUGUCGAAGAUGUGUUUUACAUUUUCAAAGCGGAGUAUCUUGAACUUCCGAUGAGAGCAUCUCGAGAUGAUAAAAUCAUUCGAAUGUUUUCAAAGAGUUUUGGUGACUUUGCUAAAGAUGGAAAUCCAUCGCCAAAAGAUAUUAUAUGGAGACCUGUUGAAAGCUCUGAUGAUGUAAAGUGCCUUAACAUUAAUGAAAAUGAAGUUCAGUUCAUUAGUUUUCCGGAAAAGGAUAGGAUGAAGUUAUGGGAUGAAAUUUGUGAAACUAAUUUUUAA